AAGAGACGUGGGUUGUUGGCUUCUUUUCUUUUAUCUUCUGAAAGAGCGCUUCUCCGGUCAAUCUGUUCACCAGCCCCUCACUACUGUUUUCUUUGUCGCUAUUUCCGCCGUAUUGCAUCUACAGCAAAGAAGACGGGCUCGAAGACCGCUGCGAGAUCCAUACUUCUUGGGUGGCGCUCUUCUUCGUCCUUAUCGCAUAGCGGGGAGCUCGACCAAAAGCCCCUGCCACAAUGAGUGCAAUCCUUUCUGCAGACGAUUUGAACGAUUUCAUCUCUCCCGGAGUUGCUUGCAUCAAGCCCGUUGAGAGUCUACCACUGAAAGAAUCCCAGUCGGAGAACCCCUAUGAAGUGACAAAGGAAGACAAAGUUCAACCGGAAAACCUUCCCCCGGCUCAGAUUUCAUUGACCGAUUGCCUUGCAUGCUCCGGAUGUGUCACUUCUGCGGAAGCGGUGCUGAUAUCCUUGCAAUCACAUACGGAGGUUCUCAACACUCUUGAUUCGUACCCUGAAUUGCCGCUGGAUUUUGGAAGCGAUCAAAGAGCUACACAAAAUGUGGGAUCAGCCGACAGCGAUGGUCGUAUCUUUGUUGCUAGUGUCAGUCCUCAAGUCAGGGCGAGCUUGGCAGCCACAUACGGAAUCACCGAGCGGGAGGCAAAAUAUAUGAUUGAUCAAUUUCUGAUGGGCCCUCAUGGUCUCAGAGCUGGUGGAAAACAUCGCAAUGGGUUCACAUGGGUUGUGGACACGAACAUUAUGCGUGAAGCAGUGUUGGCUCUGACAGCGGACGAGGUCACCAGCUCUUUAUUAUCAACUGAAUCGGGCAGCCUUCCCAAGCGUCCAAUCCUUUCGUCCGCUUGCCCUGGCUGGAUAUGUUAUGCUGAGAAAACACACCCUUUCAUUCUUCCUCAUUUAUCUCGCCUCAAGUCUCCUCAGGCUUUGAGCGGCACAUUUCUGAAGUCAGUGCUAAGCAAGGCGCUUGGGGUCCCGCCUUCUCAGAUAUGGCAUUUAGCUAUUAUGCCAUGCUUCGACAAGAAGCUGGAAGCCAGCCGGGAAGAGCUCACCGACAUUGCAUGGGCUUCAACCUCCACCGAGUCACAGACAACACCCGUCCGCGACGUUGACUGUGUCAUAACCACCCGUGAGCUACUAACCUUAGCUUCUGCUAGGGGGCUUUCUCUACCCAAUUUGCCGCUCAAAGCAUUGCCCGCGUCAUGUUCCACGCCGUUUCCAGACCAAGCCUUAGACUCAUUCUUGUUCUCUAAGAGCUCAUCAGGCCAAACAGUCGAAUCGGGGACAUCUGGAGGCUAUCUUCAUCACGUCCUCAGAAUCUUCCAAGCCAGAAACCCCGGCAGCAAGAUUGUCACACAGCGUGGGCGCAAUGCCGAUGUUGUGGAAUAUGUGCUCAUGUCCUCUGGGGAAGAGCCCCUCUUGAAGGCGGCUCGGUAUUAUGGCUUCAGGAAUAUCCAAAACCUUGUCAGAAAGCUUAAACCGGCACGUGUGUCGAGGCUUCCAGGCGCCAAGCCGCAAGCAGUCUCUUCAAGUGCAAGUCGACGACAGCCCUGGUCAAGAAUCGCAACCCCAGCUGGAACAGGCGCUGAUUAUGCAUAUGUUGAAGUCAUGGCUUGUCCUGGCGGCUGUACCAAUGGAGGUGGGCAGAUUAGGAUUGAAGAUGCCCGGGAAGCUAUUCCGAACACGUUAAAAGAGACUUCGACUGAAGCUCCUGUGGCUGCGUCGAAACCCACGCCGCAUGAGCAGCGUGCCUGGCUUGCCCGGGUAGAUGAGGCGUAUUACUCUGCGGACUCGGAUAGCGAGCGGUCUGUCACGACCGAGCCGGUUUCCGUCCUGUCAAGGGAUACCGAGAUUCAUGAGUUCUUGAAGUAUUGGUCAGAGAAGAUUGAUAUACCCCUUUCCCAGCUGGUGUACACGUCCUAUCGCGAAGUGGAGAGUGACGUGGGUAAGACGCAGAAUGCACCCAACGAAACUGCUCGUGUUGUUGAGUUGGCAGGAAAGAUCGGAGGUGGUUGGUAAUACCGCACUCGCUGUCCGGUUUGGUCUGAGAACAUCUUUGCAUAUAUCAUUUAUACCCUUCAAUUUGUUGUUGGGGAAGCGCUUUUUUGCAUCACUGGUUGCAUGCUACGCAUUUGGAGAGAUACCCUUUUAUUAUAGAUUUCUCAUGUGAGGUUUGUUGGGCAUUUGAGAGGAUUUAUCAGUCAUGAGAUUGCUGUAGGAAGCUCCAUAGAUGUAUAGAUCAGGGUAAAGCAUGCCGCCAUAGCUUUCUCACUACGGUCAUGAUCGAGCGCUUG